AUGGAUGGAUGUAAGACAAGAAAAACCCCAAUGCCCACCAAUGUUAAAAUUGACAAGGAUGAAAGCGGUAAGAACUUUGAUGAAAAGAAAUAUCAAGGUAUGAUUGGUUCCUUACCCUAUCUUACCGCUAGUAGACCAGAUAUAAUGUUUAGUGUUUGCCUUUGUGCUCGUUUUCAAUCUUGUCCGAAAGAGUGUAAUUAUUUUCAUGUCAAAAGGAUUUUCAAAUAUCUCAUGGGCACACAACACUUAGGUCUUUGGUAUCCUAGGAAGAAUCCUUUUGACCUUGUUUCUUAUUUGGAUGCGGACUAUGCCGGUAGUGCCAUAGAUAGAAAAAGUACAUCAGGAACUUGUCAAUUCCUAGGCAAUUGCGUUGUUUCUUGGCAUAGUAAGAAACAAGUUUUGAUCAACUUGUCCAAGAACCCGAUUCAACACUCUAGAUCCAAGCACAUAGAUAUUAGACACCAUUUUAUGCGUGAUCAUGUCCAAUUGGGAGAUGUUGUAUAA